AUGGCGGCCACCACAUCUCUCCGCUGCGUGACGGCCUUCUCGUCGUCCUCCAUUUGCAGCCCCCAUGCUCCUUGCAAUGACGGAGCUGGUCCUGUCAGCCGGGCAUGGCGACCUGCGCGCAUCUGCUCUCCUUUGGCAGGCCUGCGCCUGCCUCAGCACCCCUGCCUGGUGUCCAUCUUCACAGGGAGGGCGCUGCAAAGGCCCUCGGCACCUUCGAAAGCAGCUCAGAAACGGAGAGCGUCGAAUAACGCAGUGGCAGAGGUUGUUGCAGACGGCACUGGUGCUGCCCCGCUGAGUACGGAAGAGGGCAGCGGCACGGGCAAGGAGGAUGGCCUACUCGCAGUCGACCUGGUUGGCGCCGAGGCUGGUUAUGAGGAGGAGGAGAGGGGAGGACACUCUGCUGAUGCUGGGGUGGGGGAAGAUGGGGUUGCGGCGCUGGCCUUGGAGCAAGAGGCGAUCAAUGGGGCCAGCAGUACGAGAGCUAGCAGCGAAGAUAUACUAGGCAACACGGAGCUGAGCGGCUGGUUCAAGGAAGGGUACGAGGAGGACGCAGCUGGAGGACAGGAAGCUGCCACUUCGUAUGACCGCGUGUCGCUCACGCAAGAAGGCCGCGGUGGUGCCUCUGGUGUCACCCUCUCGGAGGGCUCCGCCGAUGACAGUGCCGCGGAGGAGGAGCACCUGGACCGCGCCAGCUGGGCGCGCGGCGCGGGCCGCUUCUUGCCGCACCCGUGGCCUGAGUGGGCGGAGUUCCUGGACACGCUGGUGGAGGGCCCGCACGACUACUUUUCGUUUGACAGCUUUGCGGACCGCCCCGUGGACCAGGCGCGCGACCGCGACGCCGAGUUCUAUGGGGACAGCGGGGUGGUCAAGCACGCGCUCAUGCAGUUUGCGCGCGACAGGGACGACAUCAUCAGGUUGCCUGAUCGCGACGCGCUGCGUGUGCUGGUCAAGGAUGACUGCUGCACCCUUGAGCGGAAGGCCGUCAAUGCCUCCAAGCGCGUGCGCGCUCUCCUUCAGAUUACAGAGGCUGCGGUGUGUGUUCAGUGCGCCAAGAAGCGCGACUGCCAGCGCGCGUUUGCCAAGAGCAGCGAGGAGGUGAUGUUCCAGGACGUGCUGCGCGUGGUCCAGGCGUACGCGGGCAAGGCCGUGCGCUGGCCUGCCGCCUCCGAGAUCACGCCCGAGCAGGAGGCUGCCGCACGCACUGUCAUCCGCAGCCUGGUGCAGGGCGCGCAGACAGAGCGGCCCAAGCACCUGGCGCGUCCCAAGCAGAGGCUGGGCGGGGAGCCGAAGGCCCCCAAGCUGCGCGAGGCCCCGACCUGGACUCCGGGGGGCUAUGCGGACCGCGGCUACGGGGGCCGCGACCGCGAGCGUGGUGCCCCGCCCAACUCGGAGAUGCUGCCAGGGGACUGGAAGUGCAAGGACUGUGCGUUCCCCAACUUCGCCCGCAACGUGGUGUGCAAGCGCUGUGGUGCGCCAGGCCCAGGCAUUGAUGGCGACCGAGCCCCCCUCUUCCGGGGGGGCGGUUAUGGCCAGCAGCGACCGGCUUAUGGGGAUGCGCGCGGCGGUUACGCCGAGCGCGGUCCUCCCCGACCUUCUGACCGGUGGGCGGGGGAGCGCGAGGGGGGCCAGGCGUACCGGCCCCGCAGGUCGGGCUCCUUCUCGGAGGAAGCUGAUAGCUUUGGCGGGGGCCGCAGGGGUGGUUAUGAGGACCGCGAGCGGCGCCCCGCGUACGGCGGCCGUGGGAGGCGUUCCGCGGAAGAAGAGGACGACCUCGGCGGCUACAGCGCGCGCUUCGACGACGACGACGGGCAAGAAGUCAGCAGGAGGCGCGGCGGCCCGGCUCCUGGCAGGCGCGCAUAUGAGGAGUGGAAGCCGGCGCUAGGCGGGGAAGAGGAGGCAGACGUGGCAGGCGGGAGGAGGAACAGCGACGCCGAGGAGGGCGACGUGGCACGCACCUUUGUGCCCAGGGCGCAGGGGCGCAGGCCAGCGUAUGACGACGACGAGGAGAGGGGGGGCUGGGGAGCAGACGACGAUCAGGUGGGGGCCGUGCGGCGGAGGAGCGCUUCGAUGGGCGAGGCUACGGCCCGUCUAGCCGCGGCUAUGGGCGAGGCGGAUCGGGGGGCCGCAGCAGCGGAUACGGGAACCGGAGGGAGGGCCGGGGCGGGGGCAGCUACGGAGGAGGGGUUUACGGCGGUAGGGGAGGGGGAUACGGCGGCAGAGAAGGGGGAUAUGGCGGGCAGUCGAGGGGCUACGAGCGCAGGGACAGCGGAUACGGGGGGGGAGACGACUCGUACGGAGGAGGAAGGGGCGGACGAGGAGGGUAUGGCGGCGAGCGCAGGGAGGGCUAUGGGGGACGCAGGGGAGGGGGAGGCUAGUGGGGGGCGGGGGGACGGGGGAGAGGAAGCGUACGGGGGGGGGCUCGACGGGGGA